AUGUCACUUUUUGUCAUUUUAAAAUUUCCCGCCGUUCCGUCCCCCGUAUGUCCCGACAUCGCAGGGAACAGAAACCCGGAAGACGGAUGCCGGCAUCGGCCAGGAGGACAUUACAGGGGACACUGCAGGAGGGGCAUCGCGGGAGCGCAGGACAAGGUAAGAGAAAACAACCAAUCCCGAGCAGUGCCACAUGGUAAGUCCGAGUGCAGCUCGGGGUUACCGCUUGUGGUACUGAAACUUUACCCCGAGCUACACUCGGGAAUACCGCCAGGGAGGUUAAAAUGUACA